GUUAGUUUAUACCAACUGACCAACCAACUCCUGAUUUGAAAAAGUCAUUUAUUCAUCAUGUUCCAAGACAUCGACCCCUACUCUACAGAAUACUACGCCGUGACAGACGCCCGUACCUGCCAGCUGAACAGCACGGAGAAAGCCAAGCUACAGCUCGUACUACGGCACAUCGAGAGAGCUUACAAGCUCACUGAGAGUAGGGUAGACCGAUACAAGCAACAACUUCGACGGGACUUGAUCGACUUGGAAGCCCAUAAGAUGGCAAUGAGGUCACAUGCUCUGGGAUUUAAGCAACUGCAGCAGUUGGAUGAUGCUUCACAACGAGAGAUGCUCAAGGUGGUCUCACAACGUGGUAGAUACAACUACUCCUUAAAGAGUGAGGUCAAGUUUCAACGUGAACUGAUGUUCACAUACAAUGCCCGACUAGAACACUCCAAGAAGCUCCUAGAGGCUUCCAAGAAACAGAGUCAAGAAGCUAUGGCCAAGGGAGAUCUCGUCUGUAGUCAGUUCACUCGAGUGGACGACUUAGAGAAGUCAGAGGAUAGGGGUCAAGGGUCAGAUACGCCAUCCUGUUUGAUAUUUCCAAGUAUGUGAGUUUCUACAUGCAAUACCAUCAUCACAGGUGAAGACGAAGUUGGAGCCAUG